GCGCCACCGAUCAAGAAGUGUGAAAUCAUUGACUUCUUCCUGGGUUCUGCGCUGGAAGAUGAGGUGCUCCAGAUCAUGCCUGUCCAGAAACAGACCAGAGCUGGUCAGCGCACCAGGUUCAAGGCCUUUGUUGCUAUUGGUGACUACAACGGCCACGUGGGCCUGGGGGUGAAGUGCCCCAAAGAGGUGGCUACAGCCGUCCGGGGUGCCAUCAUCCUGGCUAAGCUGUCCAUCGUCCCUGUGAGGAGAGGGUACUGGGGGAACAAGAUAGGCAAGCCCCCCACUGUGGCCUGCAAGGUCACUGGAUGCUGUGGGUCUGUCCUGGUGCGCCAGAUCCCUGUACCCCGUGGUACUGGCAUCGUGUCUGCCCCUGUGCAA